AUGCACACUUAUAAGUGCAAAUAUAAACGUGUAUUGGUGUUGAAUGAACCAAUGCGGUGUGCAUCACCUUCUCCCUCUUUUCUGUUUCCUUUUUUUUUCCUUUCUUUUUCUUUUUGGUGUUGGGUCUCUACUGUGCAAGAGCGACGGGGUAAAAAGAUGGAGAAACCCAUGAAAGGGGAAAAAGUGCGUCCAUUGCAAGUGCUUCCUCGCAACAGUUUGCAUCCGGCUGGGCGCACUGGCGGGCGUCACUCAGUAGGGAGCAGCGGCAUUUGCAGCAGGAGUGGUUCUUCGUAUGUUGUUGACUUUUCGGCGUCUCCACCGACGUGGGCUGCUGCGGGCGCAGGCUGUGUGACAGUGACACAGCCGAGUCUCCCACCUGUCGACGACACUGAGCCCCAACAUAGAAGAAUGUCAUCGGGGCACGGAGCAACUCCGUCUCGCACAAGUCUCAUGGUUGUGCCUGAAGGAACGGUAGGAGAAGAUGACACCAGGGAUUCAUUCUCCUCUUCGUCGAGUGCGUAUAUGCGGCACCACCGGUACGAAAAUCCCUUUACCGCGUAUCAGCCGGUGUCGGAUCCGUACGAUCGUCACCGCGAAAUUGAGCGGCAGCGGCGGUUCAUAAAUGACAGUAAACGGCUGGGGAGGCCGUUCAUUCCCAGCGGUGGACGAGCGUUAGAAAAGCCGACGCGUUAUUUGCUGGGUGACUGCGUUGCUGCCAUUUACCGCACGAUUGGGCGUGACUGGCCUGAGACAGACCCAAUGGUCAUCUCCACUGCGGAGGACCUUGUUGUAGUCUACAUGAAGCGAGCCCGUUUGCGCAACACGGACACAGUGCUGCGUUACAUGAAUGCAUCCUUGAAGCGAAACGAAGCGGUGCGGGCGUUUGAUCUGAGAAAAGUUCCGGAAGGGUGGGAUUUACUUACGGAUGACGGGCAUAUAAUGUACACUUUCAAGCCGCCGUGGGUGCGACAGCGGCGCUUUCUUCCAGAUCAAGUCGUGACCCGCAAAGCACAUUAG